AUGCUCUACACAUGUUCAUAUGAUUCUACUCUUUACUAUAACCUUCUAUGCUUGCAACCUGCCACUUUUUUUGCCACUCCAACAAAUGAGACUGAUCAUUUGGUCUUGCUUAAAUUUAAAGAAUCCAUUGCUGAUGACCCAUAUGGAAUCUUGAGCUCAUGGAAUGAUUCUAUCCAUUUUUGUAACUGGUAUGGAGUAACAUGCGGCCGCCGUCAUGGAAGAGUCACAACCUUGGUACUUGAAGGUCAUAACUUGCAUGGAACCAUUACACCUUACAUUGGAAACCUCACAUUUCUUAGGGCCAUCAACCUCCAAAACAACGUCAUUUAUGGUGAAAUUCCAAAGGAAGCUGGUCAUUUGUUUCGACUGCAACAUCUCUAUCUUUCAAAUAACACACUGGGAGGAGAAAUUCCAACCAGCUUGACCAACUGCUCCGAACUCAGGGUAAUGGCCUUAGCGUCCAACAAACUUAUUGGGAAAAUACCGAUGGAGCUUGGCUCUAUGACUAAGCUUUUGGCUUUUGUGGUUGCAAGAAACACGUUGACAGGAGGAAUCCCACCUUCCUUGGGAAAUCUUUCGUUGCUCGUAAAUUUUUCAGUAGCCUAUAAUAACUUAGAGGGAAAUAUUCCAGGGAGUAUAGGCCAUUUGAAAAGCUUAUCAUUUUUCGGAGUUGCAGUCAAUAAACUGAACGGUAUGGUCCCUUCCUCUCUCUACAAUUUAUCAUUUAUUAGUACUAUAGACUUUGUCUUCAACCAACUCAGUGGCGCUCUUCCAGCAAACAUAGGCCUCACUCUCCAUAAUCUCAAACUAUUUUUUAUUGGUCAGAAUGAAUUCUUUGGGCCAAUCCCUAGUUCCUUAUCCAAUGCAUCUAAGCUUCAAAUACUUGACCUAGGUGGAAACAACUUUGUGGGAUCAGUUCCAACUAAUCUGGGAUAUCUACUAGAUCUUGAACACCUACGUCUAAGUUAUAAUAAUUUAGGAAGGGAUUUGGACUUCUUAGCGUCUUUAGGAAACUGUAGCAAAAUGGAAUCGCUGACAUUUCAAGGUAACCAAUUUGAAGGUGUUUUGCCCAAUUCUAUUGGCAACUUGUCAACACAACUUAAUAGAUUGGAAUUUGGAAGCAACCAAAUAUCUGGAAUGAUUCCUGCAGCGUUACAGAAUCUUAUCAACUUAACUAAAUUGAUCAUGGAUGAGAAUCUUUUCAUAGGUGUAAUACCUACUUAUUUUGGAAAGUUUCAGAAGAUGCAAGGAUUGUAUUUAUCGGGGAACAAAUUGUCAGGGCAAAUCCCAAGCUCCAUUGGUAACCUCACUCAAUUGGUUGAAUUGUACUUGUCCCAAAACAAUUUAGAAGGAAGCAUACCUCCAACUAUUGGUAAUUGCCAAAGUUUGCAGAAAUUGGAUGUUUCAAAAAAUUACCUCGGUGGAGUCAUAUCUCUGCAGGUUUUUUCUCUUUUCUCUUUGUCACUAUUACUCAAUUUAUCCUGCAACUCAUUUAGUGGUGAAUUACCUGUUGAAGUGGGCAAUUUGAAAAAUAUUUAUUCUCUAGAUAUCUCUGAAAACAACUUGUCUGGUGAAAUUCCCAUAACAAUUGGAAAUAUAUUGAAUUUAGAAGAGCUUCACUUGCAAGGGAAUUCAUUUGAAGGAAUCAUACCUUCAUCAAUGGCUUAUUUGAAAGGCCUUGAACUUUUGGAUGUUUCACGAAACAACUUAUCUGGAUUUAUUCCAAAGGGUCUAGAGAAACUUUUAUUUUUAAAAUACUUGAACAUUUUGUUCAAUGAUAUUGAGGGCCCACUACCAAUUGUUGGAGUUUUCAAAAACAUAGAUGCAACAUCACUUAUUGGAAACAAUAAGCUUUGUGGGGGUAUUCCACAAUUACAACUACCAAAAUGCCCCAAAGUUACAAAAUCAAGAAAGCCUCUUGCAUCUAGAACAAUAAUCACAAUUGUUUGUGUGCAACAAAUCAUACAUUGUGAUUUAAAGCCAAGCAAUAUUCUUCUCGAUAGUGAGAUGAUUGCUCAUGUAAGCAACUUUGGUUUAGCAAGACUCCUCACAAGCACUGAUGAUUCUUCCCAGAAGUGUACUAGCACAAUUGGGUUAAAAGGAUCUAUCAGCUAUGUUGCUCCAGAGUAUGGCAUGGGUGGUGAGGCAUCGACUGAGGGGGAUUUAUAUAACUAUGGAGUCCUUGUGCUAGAAAUGUUUACAGGAAAGAUGCCCACUAAUGAUAUGUUUAAAGAUGGUUUGAAUCUCCAUAAUUUUGUUAAGAUGACAUUACCAAAAAGACUUGCUCAAGUUGUCGACCCAAUGCUUUUGCCAAGAGAAGUUGAAUUGGGAGUUGCAACUGGGGUAAAGAUGGCAACAGAAAAAGAUGACAAUGAUAAUGAAAUUGAAGUAGAAGAAACUAAUAAUAUUGAGGACUCUAGGCAUGUUGAUGCUGACAUGCAAAAGUGCUUACUCUCAAUUCUUAACAAGUGUUUUCCUUAG